AAGGAAGGUGGCUACGUCUGACCUCACACCACGAGCCAUGGCACUUGCAGCGGGGGAUGCGAAGGGAAAGAACAAAGCCAAUGCACCGGAACAAACCUCAGAAAGGACGCCACUGCUGCAGGGCGAGGCUAGCCAGAGCACCCUCUUGUCUGACAUCGUCAUCGAUGCAGAGAACGCUGGCGCCCGACACCGCCUGCGCUCGACGCUGACGCUAGUCUUCUUCACGUCUCUCUUCCUUUGCUUGCUCAUAUUCGCUGUCAUCGUCUUGUUUGCCUAUUCCUUUGCUUCCACUUUGUCGGACGUCUCCCCGCAGGAUCUGCUGGAGAAAGGCAUCGUGUUCGAGGGGCCGAAUCGCGUAGACGUUCUCAAUGCUACGGAUGGUGGAAUUUGGAUUAAUGUGGAUGCCAGGGUAGGCAUAGAUGCUGGGUCCAUCCUCGGCGUGAACUCAGAAGAUGAUGAAGGGACAUUGAAAGACGCAUGGAAGUCCAUGGGCCGUCUCGGUGUCCGCCUCAUCAAGACAGUAUCAGCUGAUCUCUCGGCCGUGUAUAUCUACUCCUUUACACAAGCGUUACUUGGAGUGGUCUCCCUUGAGCCGCUGGAACUCCCCAUCACCGCCAACCCUCCACCCAACAACUCUUGGUUGACGCCUGUGUCCAUUCCUCUCUUUGUACAACCGACCAACAACUCUUCCGAUUUGGCACAAUUCGUUAACGACUCGUGGCGUGAAGGCGUAGUCUCUGUCCAUGCUGUCGUCCAGAACGUCGAUAUAUGGGGUGGUAACGUCAACAGAAACAACUGGAGGAGUGUAUUGAAGCUAAGUGAGAAGGAUCUUGAUGUACAGGCGAUGUUCCAGUUACCACCCGUUCCUGGUCUGCCUUUCCCGGGGAGUGGCGAGCCGUUUCCGCCAUUUUCCAAGCUAGUUGCCCUUCGAGAUUUUUACAUAGCGUCGUCUCCGGAAGGUCUUGUCUUGCAAGCUCAUGCCUCGGCUGUUAACCCAGCACCGCCCACACUCGAGAUGACAGUCCCAAGUCUACCGUUUAUCGUUUCCGUACCGGGUGCUGGGGAUACUCUCGUUCCACUUGCGUCCGUUCAUACCGAACCUUUUUCCCUCACCCACCCCACGAUCUCGAUUUUGAUAUCUGGACAUGUCCUUCCCCUGUCUCCAGAGGCAACUGGGCCAUUAUCAAUCUUCGUCAGCCGCUACCUAUCACUCCAGCACAACCCCAUAUCCAUUGCGUCUCCUCUGUUCCCGUCCCUCGUUAUCGAUGCCGAGUUCCCUUCCCCGGAUACUCGGCCAGAUAUCCUUCGCAACGUCACGAUACGAAACAUGAGGGUCAAACCGAAUUCCACAGGGAACGGAUUGCUAGCCAGCGGCGAAGUCUUCGCACGUCUGGUCCUCCCGAAAGGAAUGGACUUCUCGAUGGACGUCAGGCGAGUCUUUCCAAACAUUCUCGUGUUUGACGGCGAUGUCCCGGAAUCGGCGGCAAAUGUAACAAUUACCUCUCGGAACGGCUCGUGUACCAUCCUCCCGGAUCCCUUACCUCCCCGAGCGUUUGGCCAUAUAUGUCCUGAGGAGUGGUUGAAAGCUGCCAGCACAUACGACGGUUCUGAGGAUGGUGGUUCCGCAUUUUUGGUCACCGCUUCUAUCGUGAAUGUACCGAUUCAGGUUCUUCCAGGUCGCGAGCAGGAGUUCAGCAAUUUUGUUAGCAAGGUAAUCUUCAGCUCAAAAGGAGCGCUCGCCGGACUUCGGGGUACCGCCAGCAUCGGUGUUCAUAUUGCUAGCUUACCCUUUGAAGGUGGCGGAGAGGAUUCAGAGUUCGUGCUGGACGGUUUGCCAUUUCAAGGGGUCGUGCGGAUUGGCAAGAAGUUCAGUUUAUGAUUUGUUUUUCAUUCCUUUUUUUUUCUGUUGUAACGAUGGGGUGCAUUCAGUCACUCAUAUCACCUGCUUUUCUGUAGAACAUGUCAGGUUCAUCGCACGCAGUGUCAUUUCAUAUUUUUUAAGGAGACCUUUGUAUCAUCCUGCUAAUGUAGAACAGAAUGGACACCUGGAACG